AUGAAGAUAAACGAACCCAGCAGUCACCAUCUCGGCCGGGCAGAUGAUGAAGACCUCGUGAACGAUCCUGAAGGCAAAGAAGCCAUGACACCGGACAUUUCAGCUACGAAACCAGCCGCCACUGAUACCUCCGAGUUCAUCCGUCAGGUGGGGGAGCCUGAAAAUGAUGGCGCACACGGCAGUAGGCUCUUUCUCAAUAGGCGCGUAAAGCAACAGAAGUUCACACUGAAAAGGAAGCUGCAUUACAACAAAGGCCUGAACAUCAAGGUCUCUAGAAAAAUUAUCUCGAAAGACUUCCUAUGCGACGACGACGAAGAAACUCCGCCUAGUAACCAGGAAGCCAGCACUGCCACUGAAGACUCACAUGAAGGAUCGACAACUGAUGAACCUCAAACCCACUCAUGCCACGCCUAG